AUGUCCGACGUGACCAAGACUCCCUUCGUACGGGAUCUCGCCUCGAGCGGUACAUACCUCACCCAUCCGUCCAAUUCUAAAACUACAGAGAAGAAAAUCCGCGACAAAGCCACCGACUCUCUCUCACUCUUCCUCCGCUCCAAAACCGACCUCUCCCUCAUCGACCUCCUCAAACUAUGGAAGGGUCUAUUCUUCUGCUUCUACCACUCCGACCGUCCCCUAACGCAACAAGCACUCGCCCGCACUCUCAGCUACAGCCUGGUCCCGACGCUCCCCCGAAGCACGCUGCAUCGCUUCCUCCGCGCCUUCUGGAUAACCAUUGGACGGGACUUCCACUCACUCGACCGUCUCCGUCUAGACAAGUACCUAUUCCUGAUCCGUUGCUACGUGGGCGUUGCAUUUGAGGUGUUCCUCAAGCCCCAGCAAUCCUCCACCUCCAGCACCACAUCCACAAACGGCGGCAAGCGCAAAAGAGAAGAAGAGCCUACAUCAUCAAAGCGGAAUAAGAAGAACAACAAGAACAAGAAACAAACCCAACAAGAAGAAUCCACAUCAUCAGCAACCACCGCAGAAGAAAAAGACUGGUCCGCCCUCGAAUCCUACAUCACCAUCAUCGAAGAAGGACCCUUGUGCCCUCUGAACUUUGACCCGGAUCAACCGCCCAUGAACGAGAAGGAAGAUUACGUGCCCAUGCCGCAUGGACCGGACGGAUUGCGGUACCAUGUGAUGGAUAUCUGGAUUGAUGAGUUGGAGAAAGUAUUGGAGUUCGAGGAGGGAGAGGAAGAGGGGCAACCGAAGAAGAAGGUCAAGGGCGGAGUGCCGAUGGAGCUUUUGUUGAGGCCGAUUGAGAAGUUGAAGGCGGAGAGUGGGUAUAAGCCUGUGCGGACUCGGGCUGCGGAGACGCUGGAUGAUGAGCGGUUGGUUGAGUGGGGGGUUAAGGAGAGGAAGGUGGUGGAGGAGAGUAGUGAUGAGGAGUGGGAUGGGUUUGAUUGA